AUGAAGGCUCUCCUCCUCCUCCUCCUCCUUGCCCAGCUCUGCUCAGCAUCGCUGAUCCCCGAGCGGGAGAAGGACCCCGAGUACUGGCGGCGGCAGGCGCAGGAGACCCUGCGGGACGCCCUGCGGCUCCAGCGCCUCAACCAGAACGUGGCCAAGAACCUCGUCCUCUUCCUGGGCGACGCCACCGCGCAGGUGCCCGACAGCGCGGGCACGGCCACCGCUUACCUCUGCGGCGUCAAAGCCAACGAGGGGACGGUGGGCGUCAGCGCCGGCGUCACCCGGGACCGCUGCAACACCACGAAGGGCCAGGAGGUGACCUCCAUCCUCCGCUGGGCCAAGGAUGGAGGCAAGGCGGUGGGCAUCGUCACCACCACGCGGGUGACCCACGCAACGCCCAGCGCUGCCUACGCCCACUCCGCCAACCGCGACUGGUACUCAGAUGGAGAGAUGCCCCCAGACGCGCUGGAGGGUGGCUGCAAGGACAUUGCCCGGCAGCUGGUGGAGAACAUCCCCGACAUCGAGGUGAUCUUGGGCGGCGGACGGAAAUAUAUGUUCCCCAAAAACGCCAGCGACGUGGAAUACCCCCACGAGGACAAGCACCGGGGCACGCGCCUGGACCGCAGGGACCUCGUCCAGGCGUGGCACGACGCCAAGCCCCCCGGCAAGGUCGCCAGGUACGUGUGGCACCGCUGCGGGAAGGAUGGGUGA